AUGGCCGACACAUCAGCUUCGAGUGACCAGCUCCUAUUUCACGCUGCGGCUCUGGAGAAGUUCGAGGACCAUGAGCAUCAGCAGCAGCAGCAGCAGCAGAUUGUCGGCGCACGUCGGAAGCGCCACGAAGGAGACGGCGGCGACGAGGAGGACGAGGACAAGGAAGCGCAGAAGCGCCGCACCACUGCAGCGAAACAGUCGCGACGCCACAACUGGCAGCCCAAGUACGAGGUGGAGUUUGGCCUAUUGGCGAUCGAACGUGACGCGGUGUCGGGGGACGUGCUGCUGGCCAUGUGCGGCUUCUGCAAAGUCUUUGGGCGCGAAGGGAAGUACGAGCAGCUGGUCCAGCAGGACCAGGAGACGGGCAACGACGCCAAGAAGCGACGCCGACGCUCGCUGACCACGACCAAAUUCUUUCGAGCGUUCCGCGUGGACAACAUCCGCAGCCACUUGCAGGGCGCUCAUCCGCGACGAUGGGCCGAGUACGAGAUGCUGCCCAAGCAAGAUGCGGUCCGGGCGCGGUACCUGCAGCUGCAGGGGGAGCUGCAGACGUAUGACCAUCUCCCGAUAGUGGACGACGUGGAGCUGGGAGGCCCGGAGCUGAAUGCCGAGUGUGAGAUGACGUACGACCAGGCACAGGUCCUGGCACAGGCGUCGGCGAUCAGUGAGGCGCAACACGCUGCUGCGCAAGCGGCAGUGCAAGUUGUGGCAGUGCCGACGUCGACUGGACUUGGUGGCGGCGGUCAUAGCACGACACACAUGACGGCGUCUAUGACUUACAAUGGCAAGUCAGAAAACGUUUCAGGCGCAUCGUCAAGCACGGCUUCGGCAUCUUCUAGUGUCCGGAGCACGUUUGACUACGAGAAACAUUUGACGGAACAGAUCACGCUGGACCGUGAGAGACUGGAGUUUGAGAAGGCUCGAUUCAAGAAGGAAGUCGAGCUGCGCGAGCGUGAACUGGCACUCCGGGAGAAGCACAUGGAGCAGAAGAGUGCGCUCCAGGAGAAGCUGUGCAAGGCGAAUCGGGAAAGCGCGCAACUCGAGAACGCCAAGUUCCACCGUCUGGCUGAGUUGUUGCGAGACGCGAUCAUGGGAGCACAAAGCUCAUCUGAAACAGCGUCGAUAGUGUAA